GGUUGUUAGUUCACAAACCGGUUUGGUAGUGACGACACAGCUCCACAGUGAUACCAAAGUGCUGAGUAUAGUGUUUAGUUUUCAAUGGAUUGUAUAUCGAGUGAAAUGGAAGAGAAACCUUACAGUGUUGACAGUUCUGAUGAUAUCAACAUCGACGAAGAAGAGGACGAACAUAUUGAGGAAAAUCAAAGUUAUCCCCCUGACUUCCCAAUUGAAGCUCUGGUGAAGUUGGAGCGGCCGUCUCCGCCACUGCCGACGCCGCCGCAUACGCCCACAGACGACACGCCUCCCGCUGUUGUUGUCUCCCGCCACCAACCACCCUGGACUCCCCCCGCACCCCAAGCCUACUCCACUUACCCUCGGCCAGCGAUGCAACCAUAUUCUUAUGAAAAAUCGCCAGUUCCAAACGCUCCCGCCUACAACCAUCCUGCAAUGUCCGCGUACGUCCAAGCCCAAGUUGCCACAUUACCUCCGUCAGCCCCUUACCACGCCAUGUUGGUCAAUCAAUGGAUCCGAAACGCGGCUCUAUAUCACCAUUCCUUAAGGUACCCUGGCGUUAUGUCCCAAAGACUCCCAGGAAGAAAUCCUCCACCCAUGCGGGUCCCAGGUGCACCCGGAACAAGACCGAAGAAACAGUUUAUUUGUAAAUAUUGUAAUAGACAGUUCACAAAGUCUUACAAUCUGCUCAUCCACGAAAGGACGCAUACAGAUGAAAGACCUUACUCGUGUGAUAUUUGCGGCAAGGCUUUCAGAAGACAAGACCACCUCAGAGACCAUAGGUAUAUCCAUUCAAAGGAAAAGCCAUUCAAGUGCACAGAAUGUGGUAAAGGUUUUUGCCAGUCGAGAACUUUGGCCGUGCACAAAAUCUUGCAUAUGGAAGAAUCUCCUCACAAAUGCCCUGUGUGCAACAAGAGCUUUAACCAAAGGUCAAACUUGAAGACUCAUCUACUGACACACAGUGAAGCGAACAAGCACCACCUGGAUCAUCUAGAUGGCUGCCAAGAAGUUUCUUCUACAAGUCAAGCCGCUGAUAGCUCUCUCUUGGAUCUUUCAAAUAAACCUUCACCACCGCCCACGGUACAGGCGUAUCAACACCAACCAGAAGUGAGCCCACAGCAAUCCCCUGUUGAAGGACCAAAGAGAACAUUGGGUUUUUCAAUAGAAGACAUAAUGAAGCGAUAAUUCUAUAUAUUUUAUCUCUUAUCAACGUGUCAAUACAGAUCUUUUCAUGCAAUGGCUGUAUUGUAUGAGUGUAGGUUUGCAAUGUACAGAUAAUUGUAUAGUACACCUCUUUAUUGUACCUGUUCACAAUUAUGUCAAUUGUUUCUUGUAUAGGUCAAGUCAUAUUUGUCAUCCAGCUAAUCGUAUAAGUUUUGCCAAAGAAUUAUGUCAUUGACUGAUUAGUGGAAUUGUUUUACAUUAUUAUUAUAAUAGUUUUCUUGUUUCCUAUACAUUAGAUUUAAAUUACUCGGUUC